AUGCACAACUCUUCCACGUUUGACAACAUAAAAAAGGUUCUACUGAAUGAACCGGUGAGAUCGAGGUCCGUUUCUGACGAGGACAGCAAUUAUGACUCGGUAAUUGAACAAAACGAGCCAACAACAUGGUGGGGUAAACUAAUCAAGAAGCUUGAAGUUCAGCCUAAGGGUGAUUUAACCACGGCUCAGAUGUUUUUAUACAAUCAUGAUUUGAGGCCAGUAGAAGAAGCUAGACGCCAAUGGUCGUGGUAUAAUUAUGUAUUCUUUUGGAUUGCCGACUCAUUCAACAUUAACACCUGGCAAAUUGCAUCCACAGGUAUGCAGUCACCAUCAAAUAUGAACUGGUGGAUGACCUGGUUAUCCGUAUGGCUUGGGUACUUUCUUUGUGGUAUAUUUGUUAGUAUUGGGGCUAGAGUUGGUAUUCAAUACCACAUUUCGUUCCCUGUGGCGGUUAGGUCUUCCUUUGGGAUCUAUGGGUCAUUGUGGCCUGUCAUCAACCGUGUGUUUAUGUCCUGUAUAUGGUUUGCUGUGCAAACUGCAGUUGCUGGUCCAACUUUCCAAUUGAUGUUGCACGCCAUUUUUGGUAAAAACUUGCCAAACAAGAUCCCUAACCAUAUAUCUGACCCAGAUUUGACCACUUACCAAUUCUUGGGCAUCUUUUUGUUCUGGUUGUUCCAGUUGCCGUUUAUUUGGUUUCCACCACACAAGAUUAGACAUUUGUUCACCGUCAAGGCAUAUGUGGCGCCAGUAGCGGGGUUUGGCUUUUUAAUUUGGGCAUUGGUCAAGUCACAUGGUUUGGGCGAAGUUAUGAACAAACCAAAUGGCUUGCAGGGUUCGGCUUUGGCGUGGGCUUUUGUUGAGUCAACAAUGAAUGCAUUGGCUAACUUUGCCACUUUAAUUGUAAACUCGCCCGAUUUUUCCCGUUUUGCCAACAAACCAUCAUUUGGAAUGAAGUACCUUGUGUACACUAUAUCAAUCCCCAUCUGCUUUUCAAUCACUUCGUUGAUUGGUAUUUUAGUUACUUCUGGAGCUCAAAAUUUGUAUGGUGAAACUUAUUGGUCACCAUUGGAUGUUCUUGGUAGGUUUUUGGACAAUUACACCUCAGGCAACAGAGCUGGUGUAUUUUUCAUUUCGGCAGCAUUCGCUUUGGCACAAUUGGGAACAAAUAUAUCGGCAAAUUCAUUGUCGUUUGGAACUGACUGUUCAGCCAUAUUACCAAGAUUUAUCAACAUUAGAAGAGGUGGUUAUAUCUGUGCUUUCCUCGCGUUGGCAAUUUGCCCUUGGAAGUUGAUAUCAUCUUCAUCUAAGUUCACCACAUACUUGUCUGCUUAUUCGGUGUUUUUGUCAUCGAUUGCCGGUGUUGUUGCUUGUGAUUACUAUUAUGUCAGAAGAGGCUACAUUAAAUUAACCCAUUUGUAUUCUCCUACUGCUCCCGAGGAUAAAUCUGUCCCAUCAAUGUAUGCAUACAACAAGAUCGGUUGCAACUGGCGAGCAUAUGCUGCUUACAUAUGUGGGAUUUUGCCAAACAUUGUCGGAUUUGUUGGUGCUACCGAAACGCACAAGGUGCCAAUUGGAGCCACCGAAGUGUACAGACUCAACUUCUUUAUGGGUUUUUUCUCAGCUUGGAUUGUAUACUCGGUGCUCAAUUAUUUCUGGCCUGUUGAAACGGGAAUUCCACCAACAAAACCAUUUGAAAAGGGAUGGUAUGAAGAAUGGCAAGACGUGGAAUCAUUCGAGGAAGAAAUGGUGGGUCGCGAAGUACAUCAUGGUAUUGAGAGGUUUGAUGAUACUGACAUGAGCAUGCUGCAGAAGGAAGGACCAUGUUUCCAUAGUGCAAUGAACAGCAUACGGCAUGUACGAUGGUUCUCCCUCAAGAAUGCCAGUCGAUAUGUUUUGCCAAAGGGAUACCAACCCCAAACAUCUGUCGUCAAGACCGUACCAUUCAAAGAAAGCUUGUCCAUAUGGUGGAACUCUUUAUCCGCUAACAGACUUGAGGUCUUGCAGAAAGAGUUGGUGGAGUUGAUGGUGCCAAACAUACCCGAGAAUUCACAUAUCAAAAAAGAUGUCAAAAAUGUCUGCAUUGAUGAGUCAGAUCAUAUAAAUGAAGUACAGUUUCAAAUCAUCAAUGAUGCAAAACUCCCGACAAAGCAUAUUGUUUUCCUCCAUGGGUACGGUGCAUCGCUAGGUUGUUUUGCUCGAAAUUUCCAGCUUAUAGACAAGUUCAAGGUCAGUUCAAAGUACAACUACCACAUUCACUUCCUUGACAAUAUCACUUUUGGCCUAUCAUCAAAUCCCAAGAUUGACAAUAAGCAAAUCAGCUGGCGAAUCCCUCCAACUGCCAAAAUGAAACUAAUCGACAAUGAGCCAACCGACCCCAAAAAGUUGUACCGGAAAUACUACAAGCUCAUUGAUGGAUUUAAAUUGGACCCUAACAAUUUUGCGCGAUAUCAACAACAUUUCAAACCGAUUUUGCAAGAUAUGGAGAAAUUCUACACUCUGGCUGUUGAUAAAUGGCGGCAGCAGUCGGGGAUAACUAAGAUAGAUUUUUUGGUGGGCCAUUCAUUUGGCGCCUACUGGAGUGCUUCAUAUUCAUUACUUAACCCAGACCGAGUAGCAAAUCUAAUCUUGUUAUCACCGGUCGGAUUAGAACGACAUGUGAUGGCCAUUACUAAUGAUAACAAGAUCACCAAUGAAGUUGUCAAACCAGUCUUGGACCCGACAUCUUACAAGUUUCUCAGUAGGUUCCCCAUUUUGCUGACUAACCAUAUCUUAAACUGGUACUACAAGAUCCCCUACUUACCACGAGUAUUACCCUUUUUGGGUCCAUGGGGCGUUCAAUUGUAUUUUGGAAUGUGGUUAUCAAAAUUGUCCAAGAUAAACAAGUUGAUUCAAAAACAUGGUGGGCCAGAGUGGAUUUUCAGCAGCGCCAAUGAUUUGAUCUAUGGGACUACAAAGGAGAUUAAGCUUAUUGUCGAAUACUUGUACAAUUCGGUGUCAAAUGGCACCAAUAGUGACAUCUACGUCAAGUACUUGUUGACCCCAGCCACAGUGAGCAAAUGGCCAUUGUAUGACAAGUUUGUAACCAAAUUGAAAACCAACCCACAGGCGCUCAAAUUCAAUACGUUCCUAUUCUAUGGACAGUAUGAUUUUAUGAAUUCGGAAGCCGGACAAAAGCUUAUAGACAAGUUGAACAAGGAAUUGCCCAAUUCAUCUAGCAAGUUUAGAUACGAUGAGAUUGCAGAAGGAGGUCACAAUUUGUACAUUGAUAACCCAUUUGACACUAAUAGAAAGAUUUUUGAAAUAGCUAUGGAAGAGGAGAAAGAUGAAGCAGGAGUAGAUGUACAGACAUAG